GAAAAGAAGAAGAACUCACUAACGGAGAAUGAGUUCGAAUGGAGAGAAGAGAAUGAUGAAAAGAAGUUGUUGGAUGAUCUUCGCGUAAGGAAGGAGCAACUUUCAAUCUCUCAGAAUAUAGAUAACUAUGCAUAUUCUAACAGAGGAUUUAAGGGAUCCAAAGAAAGAAGAGCAAAAUCAACAACAUUUCAAGAUUUCAACUAUGGAGGAACUAAAUUAUUCACUAACGACAUAGAGGCUUCAAAUCAGAUACUUCCUUACGGAAAAGGCCGGGGCAUGGAGAAAAUCGAUUUGUCGAAAGCAUUAGCAUUUGCACUUGAAAAUGCUGGAAAGGCUACAAGAGAAGAUCCUUCGGGAAGUGCCUCAAUCAUUAGUUUCCUCCAUGAAGUAGGAAAGAGAUCGUUGGGAUAUGGAUCAGCAGAAAGAAGAAGCACUCAACAACAACCUUGUUCAAGCAGUCAACAACUUCCCAUGGUUCAUGUUCAUAUCAAAGAAAUCUCAAAGGGUGCCCAAAAACUGAAUCAGAUCAUUAAAGCAUGCAGCAAUGGCCUAAGUUUUCGUAAAGGAAAGUACUCGAUACAAUGUGGGGACCAACUCAUGGAAGGCGCCAUUGAAUUGGAACAGUCUCUUCGUUUGCUUGUAGACAUUCAACAAGCUUCUUCUGAUUACUAUACCAAGAAACAAAGGAAAAACCGAAUCAAGCUUCUUGAAGAAAAUGAUGAUGAUGAAGAGGAGGAGGAGGCUCCAAAUCGAAACUAUCGAAAGAUCAAAGAAGUCGCAAAGGCGGAUAUUGGGAUGAGACUAUUGGCACUUAACUAUCCAGAGGAUAAUAACUACAAACACAGAAAGCAAACAAGUAGUUGCGAAGAUACCGAGCAGAAACCUCCUAAGGGAAGGAUUCCAAAUGUUGUUGCGAAGUUGAUGGGAUUAGGGGAGUUUCCAGAAGAUGAAAAAGAGGCCAAGGACAAGAAUGAUGAGUCCAUCAAAUCUGCGGAGAAUCUCACAAGGCGUAGAGUAACGCAACCUAGUGAAAACGUUCUUGAAAUGAAGACACAAAGGAACUCAACAUCACUGGAUUUAGUACUCCAUAAAGAGACUCAAAACCCCACGCAUGAAAUAAAUUACAAAGCCAAGUCUGACGAGAAGGAUGAUUUGAAAAGCAGAAAAAGAAACAAGGUUUCACACAAGAAAGAUGGUGAAUCGAGGACAAAAAAUGUUAUCAGAAAGCAUUCAUCCCCAACAGAAAAUAGACAUAAGGUUAUCUCAAAGAGCCAACACAAGCCUUUAGAUAAUGCUGAUUUUGAGAAGAAAGAUGAGGAAGAAAAGAGCACUAAGAAAGCAAAGUUGCAGCAAGAAAAGGGCGUAAUGGCCAAUCAUUCACCAAAACUUUUGAGUUCAUUGGAUAUACAAACGAAGCUACCAGUCACAAACAAAGCUAAAGCUCAGAGGAAAAGCUUUUCUCAUGUUGAAGCAGCGCAAAAGGAAAAAGAGGGAGAGGUGCAUAAAGCCGAGAUGCGCGAGAAGAAAAAUCAAUGCAUCUCUAUUACAAAUGGAGGGUUGUGCAAAGUAAUGAAGCAACCUGUGAAUCAGAAACCUAUUUCCAAAGAAGCAAAUGGAAAACAUGAUCAAUUACUCAGAAGAUAUAGUGAUAGUAACAAGAUAAAAGCAGAGGAAGCAGAGACAUGCAUCAAAAGUUCUAAGUUUUCAGGUGUUGAGGUCCAAUCACCAAAAAAAAAUGUGUUAGAGCAAAAGAGAGAGAUCAAAGAUGACUCAAUUCUGCUUAUCACCGCCGAGAGAGUCCCAUGCCAAGCUUCAUUAGAAAACCCAACCGUAGCCAAAUGUGUCAAAACAUAUCCAAGGUUAUGCUUGCUCAUCAUGACAGAACCACAAUCAUUCGCGCAACAAGUCGAAGGAAUCAAAGAGGAGGUGGAAGCUGAUGUACCCUUGUUGGUGAAGCAACAAGAACACGGAAAACAAGAAACUACAAAGAAGUUAUCUGAAAAUGAAAUAAACCUCAAGAAAAUAGUUGUGAAAAGCCAACUAUUUCUAGACACAGCAGAGGCAUUUUUCAAACUCAACAUUCCUCUCAAUGUCCUUCAUGAAGCCGGUGGGAACUGUUACUAUCAAGAAGACAAGAAUCUACUACUUGACUGUGGCUACGAGCUAAUGAAGCGAAAAGGAAGAUUUCAAGAGUUAAGUGUCCAUCCUUUCGUGAAGGUACCCAUCAGUACCCCUAAAGUAAAAUCAUUGGACCAUCUUGUUAUACAAUUAAGCAAAGAGUUUGAUAAACUGAAAGCCUACGGUAAGCAGUGCUACACUGAAUCACUUGUAGAAGACUACUUGCCAAAGGUGUUGGAAAGAGAUAUUCACCAUAAAGACCCAAACCUGAACUCAAUGUGGGACAUGGGAUGGAAUGAUUCGAUGCUCGCCUUCAUCGAGAAAGAUGAUGUUAUAAGGGACAUAGAGAGGGAAAUCUUCAAUGGACUUAUGGAGGAGAUAACCAGAGAUCUUAUAUGCAUA